UUGAUCACCUUUUUAAUCUCACUUUCACUGCUUUAUCCUUAUCAAAAACAUCCAAGCCCCACAUAGAAAGGUGUGCCGUAAUCAGUGUAUAACUAUAUAAAAAUUUAUUAGCCGUAGAAUGAUUAUAUAUCAAGGUGUAGUAGUAGGAGUUGCAAUGGGGAGAAAUCCAUCAUUAAUCAGAGCAGAACAACAGCCUCCUAUGCCAUCAGAUCUCACCACUAUACUCCGCAGCGGCACCGCCUCCCUUCGCCGCCGUGACCUUGUCUUCGUCGUCAAUCCCCGAGGAGCUAAUGGAACUACGGGUCAGCAAUGGAAGAAGCUACUUCCUUAUGUUAGGUCUCGCUUGGGUAAUGACUGUAACAUAUGCGAAUCUUUAACUUCAGGUCCUUCUCAUGCCAUUGACAUAACAAGAGAGGCUAUCCGUGAAGGAGCUGAUGCUGUAAUUGCAGUUGGUGGGGAUGGAACUCUUCAUGAGGUUGUUAAUGGCUUCUUCUGCAGUGGAAAACCUGUUUGUAAUCAUGAUAUGGACUCCAGCCAUUCAACUGCUCUUGGCAUAAUCCCCUUAGGUACCGGAUCUGACUUUGCCAGGACGCUUGGCUGGAAAAAUGAUCCUCAUGACGCCAUAGAACGCAUUGCUAAAGGGCUGAAAUCCAAAAUUGAUGCUGGAUGCAUAGCUGGAGAAAUUGGAGAACCCCAUUAUUUCAUCAAUGUUGCUGAUAUUCAUCUAAGUGCAAAAGCAGGUUAUUAUGCAUCAAGGUACAAGAAAUUUGGAAACUUAUGUUAUGUUAUUGGUGCUUUGCAAGCUUUCUUUCGGCACCAUAACCAAGAUCUAAGGAUCAAGGUUGAUGAGGGUGAAUGGGAAGUAUGUUCCCAAGUAACUGCUCUUUGCAUUGGGAAUGCAAAAUAUUUUGGUGGCGGAAUGAAGAUUACACCAAAUGCCAAUCCCUCAAGCGGGGAUUAUGAGGUCGUCAUUCUGCAGGACUUCAAGUGGUAUGAUUUCGUUCUCAAAGGGCAUAAGCUGUACAAAGGGACACACUUAUCAGUGAAAAAUGUAUCUUCACGAAGGGCGCGUUCAAUUGAAAUUGAAGAGAUUGGCAGCAGUGGCUCCAUAUAUGUGCAGUCUGAUGGAGAAUUCUUAGGAUUCCUACCUAGGAAGUUUUCCAUACUACCUGGUGUUAUUGAAUUGAUUUGUUAAUCCCUAGUCUUUUUUCUUUUUAGACAUGAUUUUGGAAAUUCUUAUAUUAAUUGGUUUCUGUACUUCAUUUUGGAGGCAAAGUGGUAAUUUUCAUUUUCUAAGCCCAUAGUUGCGCAAGAUUGAACCCACUGGAAAUGCUAGAUUUGAACUUGCCUUGUUAGUA